UAUUAAAUUUAUUAAAUCUUAAAAAAUCGAGUUUUGUGUGAAGUGUAAAUUAAUUAUGAGAUGUCGAGCAUAUGAUACUAUUGAAAUCUAAUCGUUUUGUGAAUUUAAUUUUCGUAUUGUUUUUGUAGAUCUAAAAUGGUGCAGCGUUUAGUAUACCGACGACGUUUGUCGUACAACACAAAAUCUAACAGAAGGAGGGUUGUCCGAACUCCAGGUGGUAAACUAGUGUAUCAAUAUUUGAAGAAACCCAAGAAGAUCCCCAGGUGUGGACAAUGCAAAGACAAGCUCAGAGGCAUCCAGCCUGCCAGGCCCAUGGAAAGAUCCAGAAUGUGCAGAAGAAAGAAGACAGUACGUAGAUCAUAUGGUGGAGUACUCUGCCACAAGUGUGUAAAAGAACGUAUUGUCAGGGCUUUCCUAAUUGAAGAACAGAAAAUAGUCGUAAAAGUUCUUAAAGCACAACAAGCAAGUGUUAAAGCGGCUAAGAAGGAUAAAUAGACCUAAUUCUAUGUUAAAUAUAACAUAAUAAAAACUUUCUCAAAUAAAAAAAAA